AUGUCGCAGGCCGCAAUUGACAGGUUGCACAGGCCUGAUUUACAAGAUAGUGCUCUUAUAAAGCUCUGGGGGAAGGCGAUGACAACAGCUGAUUGUGGUGCACCAGCCUUGGUAGGAAAAUCACAUACACUGGGUUGUGAGAUAUCUGGUGAAAUAACCAAUGGAAUCAAUUGGUUUCGUGGUGUGGAAAAAAUAAUCACAUGUUUCAAAGAAGGUUUCUGUAUUUCUUCUAACCGUGAAAAAUACCAAGUUUUUCCAGAAGCCCACUCUGCCACCAGUCAUCAGUUUAUUAUCAAUAAAAUAACAGAAGAAGAUAUGGAAAUGACCUGGUCGUGUGUUGAUGAUACCAAACUUUCUCCUACCAUGUCAGUCUCUUCUAGCUGCAAGAUUAAGAGAGAAUAUGACAUUGUGACGACAGCUGAUUGUGGUGAUGAGGUGGAUGAAGGGAAACCUCAUGUUUUAACUUGUAGGAUGAGAAAUCCAAUAGCCCAUGGUAUCACAUGGUUCAGGAACAGAGACAGCGUCCUCAUUUGCUCAAAAGACUUGAAAUGUGUGGUUCCUGUGAACAAACAAGGACUGUAUGCCUUCUCAUCAACUAAUAACCUCUCGUCCAUACUUCUCAUUAUUGCCAGUGUAUCGGCGGAUGAUCUUCAACAUUCCUGGUCCUGUAUUGUUGGAUCAUCUUAUCCGCCAACCAUUCCUACAUCAUCAACAUGCAGGCUUAAACAAGCCCAUUUAUCUGGAUGUGAAACGGCCCUAAUAGUGGUUAUUAUCCUGGCUAUUAUAGCAGCGUUUGUUGUGGGCCUUAGUGUGUGGUAUUGCUGUAAAACAAAACGAUUCGAGAAUUCUGAAAACCUGCAAUCCGACUGACAGAAUGGUGGCCUCAAUAUCAAAAACCCAGCAGUAAAAGCGGAAUAGGAAUGGUAAUAAGGUGGAAGAUGAACAAUUGGAAUCAGUUCAGUUUUUGGAGGAGAUUUGGAUUAUUCGUUCACUUAUGAGUUGUGAAGAUUUUAGAAGCUAUGAACGAUCAUCAUUUGGCGUCUGCAGGAUUUUUUUUAUGCUAUACUUUUUGAUAUUGAGGUCAUUUUAGUUUUAACGACUAUUUAUUGAUACGGGUUCAGUGUAACAUAAUAUUAGUUAAAUUGAUCACAGACGACUUCGGUAUCAGAUCGUGAAUUUUUUUUUUUAGAAAAUAUGAAGUUUAAUUAUAAAAUUUGGUUGCAAACGAUCUUCAGAAUUAGAUGGUGAAAUAACUACGUGUUCUUACUACACGUAGCGAUAUCUACUCGUUUUUAAAUGAAUGAAUACAAUGAAUAUAAUGAAAUUUAAUCCAAAUUUUGUAUAACUUGUACUUAAUAUUGUCGAUAGUGUGUUAAUUGAAAAUAUUGUUCGACGGACAGCUAAUAGAAGUUGCGCUGAACCCAUAUCUACAGUAAUUAAUGAUUUACAUCUAGUUAGUCUUUAGAAACUUCCAACUUUAAAAAUUUUGUCAAUUUAGUAUAAGAGUUUUGAAUCUAUCAUAAGUAGUAGGUGUAUUAAAACAAAAAACGCCAGGAUUGUAUAUUACGUCUUAUUUCGUCUACUUGUUAAUUUUACAAAGCUAAUUCCUCACUUUAAUAAAUGCAGUGAACUAUAUUAUUAUGAAGCUGUAGGUACCAUAUACAACUUGCAGGAAUUUAGACGUCGCAACUUAAGUAAAAGUGUUACUACGAGGGCACAUAUUAAUUCCCCAAGCAUUAUUAUUACAGUUAUUACUAACUAAAAUCGACCCAUAUUUUUAAACAUUUUUUAAUUAUUUGUCCUUGUUACGGUUGAUUAUAAUGGCAAGUAACUUAGUAUUAUUAAUUAUGGCAGCUGAUUAGAAAUCCUACAGCUGAGUUUGGAUUUCUAGACAUAUUAAACCAAAAAUCAUAAAGCGGGUUUGUGUAAAUCGUGUUGCCUGACAUGCCAUGUUCAUAAUAAAGCUACAGCAGUUAAUUUCUAGCCUAUUUAUAAUCAAUGUCAAUGAUUUAUUUGCUUUCAUUGUUUGUUUGAACAGGAAACCAAUUUACAUUCAGUU